UUUCGGGGAGUUUUGCUGCCCUUUUUCCCCACUUGCGGCGCUUUGGGCGGCUGUGCCAAUUCUUUGUUUGCCGGCAAGGCUGCUCCUGAGUCCCGCUCCGGACAGGUGGGGCUCCCGCUCUCCCUCCCUCGGGCUGCCCGGAGGGCUUCUCCCCGCCAGGAGGAAGCUUCACUGGCUUCUGAAUAAAAGUCUUUGGCUUCUCUGUCUCAUGGAUCAGCCUCUUCUGAAGCUCUUUGAAAAGUAAGUACAGUAAAACCAUGGGAAAUGGGGAGGGAAGGAGUAAGUGGAAUCCGGGAUGCUAGGAAAGCAGACACAGUCUGUGGAGAGAACCAAACAGAGCCUUGGAGGGCCGGAUUUGGCCCAUGGAGGCCCCAUUUCAGCCUGUAACAGGCCAGGGGUGGCCCACGUAGGCCUUAACAUAGCCUCAAAGGGCUGGAUCUGGCGCUCUGAGGUUCCAUUUCAGCCAGCAAUAGACCAGGGGAGGACUCUGGAGCUCCCCACACCCCUAUUUGGCUGGCAGAGUGCUGCAGGAGAAUGUGCAGGUUGAAAACGGCCCGGGGAGCACCGAGGUCCACUUCUUUGCUAUUACCAGGCUGGUUCUGCAGGACAGAUCUAAGCACCCCACGAGUCUUGAGUUUGACACCCUUGGUCUAGAGGCUAACCAGCCAAAGAAUGAAAUAAGAUUGGUUUGGCAUGAUUGGUUUUUAACAAACGCAUGCCUGCUUUUACUUAUAACUUUAUUUCUAGAUGUUUGCAGAUCUGUGUUUUUAUUAUAUUUUCCAGUCUCUUCUCAGGUAUUGAUGUUGGGCUGAUUGGUUUAUAGUUUUUCAGAUGUCUUUUUUUUCUCCCCUUUCUUGAAAAUGGGAACCACAUACCCCUAUGAGGGUAUGAGGUUCCCAGGAGAAGAAAGGGGUAGUACUCCAUGGGUUUGAUUAUUUCUAUUACAUCUUUGAUUUUUGCUUCGGGGAGAUAACAUACCUUCCUAGAUUGACUAUCUCCUCUGCAGACUGUAGUUUCUGUUUCCCUAAGAAUUGAAUUGUCAUUUUCCCCCAGGGAACUCUGGGAUAUUUUCUUCCUGUUGCAGAAAUGCUGGGUUUUGCCUCUUUUUUAGAAACUAUUGAAGACUGCUCUUUUGUGGGCGGCUGCAUAUUCCCUUCCAGGGGGAGAACAUGAAAGUGAUUGUUCGGUUCCAGAGGUGCUUCUUUGGAGUGGAGUAGAAGAGAUAAGAAGGGACUUUGCUCUCGGUUGUUGUUUUCUUCUAAAAGUGAUAGGCUUCCAUCGGUCUUUCUCUUUAUGUUCACAUACAGCACAGGUGUCAAAUUCAACGCAUCACUUUGCCGUAACGUUACAUUUGGUGACGAUUUUGCCCCAAGCACAGUUCUCCAAAGCAGGGAUCGGUCUUCAGUCCAGAAAUUACCGUAUAUACUCGAAUAUAAGCCGAUCCGAGUAUAAGCCGAGGUCCCCAAUUUUACCCCAAAAAACUGGGGUAAACUGGGGACUCGAGUAUAAGCCGAGGGAGGGAAAUGAGGCAGCUACCGGUCAGGGAAAGCCUCCCUCCCUCAGCCGAGAAGGCUGGCGGCUCCCCCGCCCAGCCCUCUCACUGCACCGGCAGGGCUUCCCCGCGCUAAUGCAAAAGCCCGCCAAGUUUGCACCAUCCGGUAUAAUGUGAAAAAAAGAAGAAAAAAAAAAACUCGAGUAUAAGCCGUAUAUACUCGAGUAUAAGCCGAGGGGACGUUUUUCAGCACAAAAAACAUGCUGAAAAACUCGGCUUAUACUCGAGUAUAUACGGUACAUAUCCCUCAGCUAAACCAUUAUUAUUUUAACCAUGGUUUCUGGUGCUUAAGCCCCUUGGUGAAUUGAUUCCAGCAAUUGGGUGGAUACUACAUUGAAAGCCAAAAGAGAAUGGUUAAAGACAGAUUCCAAAAUCUGACCUGGGCAGGUAUGAGGAUCUGGUGGAAAUUUUGGCCAAAUAUACCAUCAGCCUCCCUUUUAGAAAAUGGGGGUCUCACUAGACCCCCAACAUGAGCCAUUGCUGACCCUGAUGAAUGUAUUUGCGUCCUCCCUAACCUAUAAAGCAACAAUAGGAAGCCAUUCUUGGAGGAGCCCAUAUUACAGUCUUUGGUGGCCCAAGGAACAGUGUCCAGGACUACCUACAUAGGUUGUACACUGUACACAAAUAGAUCUACCUGACACAUACAAAUCCUAUGCGGGGUGUCUCACAUCAUUUUGCCUCACGCACCCCCCCCCCACAACCAAGGAAAGGGAAAAGGCAGGGAUCAUCCCCAGUUCAGGCAAGCCAAUAGGGGGCAACACGGACUCUUCCCUUUCAUGAUAUGAAGACAAUGGAAGAAGAGGUCAGCUCCACAAAGAGGAUCCCAGGAUGGCUUUGAUUCCACGGGGAAGGAAUGGAAGCUUUGGGGGCUGUGAGAUAUAAGACCAAAUAUUUUAAUCCUCACAAUUCAUAAACAAGUCUGGUUCACAAAAUCAAAGGUUUAUUGGAGAUAAAAUGAAGAAAAAUAAAAAGCAGUUGCAAGCGCGGCCUCUUAGAACCUUCCCAAAUGGAUUGAGUUCAAAGAGCGCAAAAAGCAAUUUUCAAGCUACACAUUUUAUACUCCUACACAAUGCACGCCACGCCUAUGAAGCCCUCCCAACUCCCCUUUAGUCACCUAAGUCAUUCUCCAAGUUGUUUUAUACUUUAAAGGGUCAUCUUGACAUUUCCUGCCUAACAACAACUAUCUUAUCAUCUUUACUUUCAAUUUUCACCUUGAGCGGAUGUUCCUUGAAUACUGAUAGUGGUCUAGCCCAAGGCAUAGGUUCCUGUCUCCAAGGGAGCUUUUAGCAAGUCAAAACACAUUGUCUCUACUAAGUACAAUUUGUGAUCAGUUUCCAAAAGUAAGAACAUCAUAGCUUUUUAAUACAUUAAACACUUUUAUAAAAGAGUAACUUAUUAUUCAUUUCCUUCAGGGCCCCUCCAGGGUUCAUAUAGAAUAGAAUAGAAUAGAAUUUUUAUUGGCCAAGUGUGAUUGGACACACAAGGAAUUUGUCUUGGUGAAUAUGCUCUCAGUGUACAUAAAAAAAAAAAAGAUACGUUCAUCAAGGUACAACAUUUACAACACAAUUGAUGGUCAAUAUGUCAAUAUAAAUCAUAAGGAUUGCCAGCAACAAGUUGUCAUACAGUCAUAAAUGGAAAGAGAUUGGUGAUGGGAACUAUGAAAAGAUUAAUAGUAGUGCAGAUUUAGUAAAUAGUUUGACAGUGUCGAUGGAAUUAUUUUUUUAGCAGAGUGAUGGCCUUCGGGAAAAAACUGUUCUUGUGUCUAGUUGUUCUGGUGUGCAGUGCUCUAUAGCGUCGUUUUGAGGGUAGGAGUUGAAACAGUUUGUAUCCAGGAUGCGAGGGGUCUGUAAAUAUUUUCACGGCCCUCUUCUUGAUUCGUGCAUUAUACAGGUCCUCAAUGGAAGGCAGGUUGGUAGCAAUUAUUUUUUCUGCAGUUCUAAUUAUCCUCUGAAGUCUGUGUUUUUCUUGUUGGGUUGCAGAACCGAACCAGACAGUUAUAGAGGUGCAAAUGACAGACUCAAUAAUUCCUCUGUAGAACUGAAUCAGCAGCUCCUUGGGCAGUUUGAGCUUACUGAGUUGGCGCAGAAAGAACAUUCUUUGCUGUCCUUUUUUAAUGAUGUUUUUGAUGUUAGCUGUCCAUUUUAGAUCUUGCGAUAUGAUAGAACCUAGAAAUUUGAAGGUUUCUACUGUUGAUACUGUGUUGUCUAGUAUUGUGAGAGGUGGAAGUAUGGAAGGGUUUUUCCUAAAGUCUACCACCAUUUCUACGGUUUUGAGUGUGUUCAGUUCCAGAUUGUUUUGGUUGCACCACAAGGUUAGUCGUUCGACCUCUCGUCUAUAUGCGGAUUCGUCAUUGUCUCGAAUGAGACCAAUCACUGUUGUGUCAUCUGCGAACUUCAGUAGCUUAACAGAUGGAUCAUUGGAGAUGCAGUCAUUGGUAUACAGAGAGAAGAGAAGUGGGGAGAGCACACAGCCUUGGGGGGCCCCUGUGCUAAUUGUACAGGUAUUUGAUGUGAUCUUGCUUAGCUUCACCUGCUGCUUCCUGUUUGUUAGGAAGUCUUGCAGCUAUUGUUUGGGCUAUUUGGAGAGCUGAAGAAAAUAAAUCUUCCUCUCUCCUUCACUUCUUUUAUUUUCAUCCUGCAGGUGCAACCAGGAAAAUCUUUAGAGGAAGCUCUAAUUGCAGGAUCCCAUCUGGCUCAGUCACCGGGACCGGAAGUUUCGUCUUCUCAGCAUUUGGAUUCGUGCUGGAGCUCAUCCUCCUGCCCAUCUUCCAACCUUUUGGCCAAAGUUCUGCUUGUUACAGUUUCCUUGGAUGGAAAGCCCUGGAAGUGAGCAGUCCCUGGAAACUAUGCAGAGGGAGGAACACUUUGGCCAAAGGUCCCUUCAGAGGAAUCUGGGGAGACUCUACAAAUGCUCCAAGUGCGGGAAAUCCUUUGGUCACCAGUCCCUCCUUUUGAUCCACCGGAAGCUGCAUACGGGGAAUGGAUCCCACCUGUGUUUUCAUUGUGGAAACUCCUUUCCUGGAAUGUGGAGCUUUGCCAAACAUCUCCGGAAUUACCCUGGACUGAAGCCUUACAAAUGCGGAGAGUGCGGGGAGCGUUUUGCUAAAGGAUCGGACCUUGGAGCCCAUCAGGGAAUCCACCAGGGAAAGAGAUCUCAGGAAUCCUGGAAGCGCUGGGGAAGAUUUCCUGGGAGACGGCGUCUUUCUAGGCCUCAGAACAGCCCAGCUGAAGAGAAGCCCUGCAAGUGUGUGCAAUGUGGGCUGUGCUUUUCUCAAAACUCACAGCUGCUUAAACAUCAACAAAUCCACGCCAGAGAGAAACCUUAUCAAUGUCUUGAGCGUGGGAAAUCUUUCCGUUAUAAACAAUUAUUUAGAAAACAUGAGAUUAUUCACACAGGGCAGAGUCCUUAUAAAUGCUUGAAGUGUGGAAAAUGUUUCACUCGGAGCUCAUCUCUUUGCCAACAUAAUAAAACACACACAAAGGAAAGCAAAACGUGCCUAGAAUGUGGGAAAUCUUUUUCUAACAAAUCAUGCCUGCUGAAUCAUCAGAGAACUCACACUGGAGAAAGACCCUAUGAAUGCCUAGAAUGUGGGAGAUGUUUUGGUCACAAGCCAACACUAAUGCGACAUCAAAGAAUUCACACUGUGGAAAGACCCUAUGAAUGCUCAGAAUGUGGGAGAUGUUUUCGUGACAAGUCUCACCUAAUUCGACAUCAAAGAAUUCACACUGGGGAAAGACCCUAUGAAUGCUCAGAAUGUGGGAGAUGUUUUCGUGACAAGUCUCACCUAAUUCGACAUCAAAGAAUUCACACUGGGGAAAGACCCUAUCAAUGCCCAGAAUGUGAGAAAAGAUUUGUGGAUUCUGCUACACUUCGGAGCCACCAAAGGACACACACGGGAGAAAAACUAUACAAAUGUAAUGAUUGUGAUAAAUGUUUUUCUCGGAAGAAAACUCUUUUUCAACAUCAGAGUAUCCAUACAGGGGUGAAGCCCUUUAUGUGCAUCGAGUGUGGAACAUUUUUCCGUACAAAACAAAGCCUCCGAAGUCAUGAGAAUGUUCACAGAGGGGAAAAAAAGUUCAAAUGUUUAGACUGUGGGAAAGCAUUUGCUCAUUCAUCAAACUUUAGAAUUCACUGCCAAAUCCAUAUGGGUCAGAAACCCCACAAAUGCCCACUGUGUGAGAAAUCUUUUACCCGGAAAGAUGCACUUUUGAUACAUCAGAGUAAGCACAGUGGAGAGAAGCAAUAUAAAUGUCCGGAGUGUGAGAAAACUUUUCUUUGCAAGUAUUAUCUUAGAAGACAUGAGAGGAUUCACAAAGGAGAGAAACCUUUCAGGCGAGUGGGUGUGCAGAAAAAUGAAAAAUGCCCAGAAUGUGGGAAAUGUUUUGGCACAAAGUCACACCUAAUUCGACAUCAGGUACUUCACACUGGGGAAAGACCCUAUCAAUGCCCAGAAUGUGGGAGAUGUUUUGGCAUAAAGUCGCACCUAAUUCGACAUCAAAGACUUCACACUGGAGACAGACCUUAUCAAUGCCCAGAAUGUGAGAAAACAUUUGUGGAGUCUGCUGAACUUCGGAGACAUCAGAAGGGACACACAGGAGAAAGGCCCUAUAAAUGUGGGGAGUGUGGGAAAGGUUUUCUCACAGCAACACUGCUUCGGGUUCAUAAGAGAAUCCACACGGGGGAGAAACCAUACCUGUGUGUGGAGUGUGGGAAAUGUUUUUCCCAAAAACAACACCUUGCAAGUCAUCAAAAGGUCCAUACGCGAGUGAAGCCAUAGAGAUGCAUAGAGUGUGGUAAUGUUUUGCUCAAAAGCGAAACAGCAGGAAAAUCAUAUGGAAAAAGCCCUUAUAGGCCCAGAUGGUAGAACAGUUUUUCAUAGUUGUUCAACCCUUAGAAGUCAUAUAAUGCAUAUAA